AGCCUGCCCUACCACUUACCUGGGCCUGGAGAGGGCGAGGGAGGUCUGAGCGGCCCAUGGUGGAGCCCCGAUUGCAGAGCCAGCGACCACCCCCUGGGCCGGCCUGCCUGCCUGCGGCCAUCUUAGGAUGCCUCUGCAGUCUGAUCGCACCCUCCAUUGUAACGGCAGGAGGGAAAGACACCCGGGCUUCCUCCCGGCGACACUUUGCAGAACACUGGAUAUGUGUGCGUCCACGCCCUUCCAGGUCAAGAAACUAGAAUGAAUCGAAGCAUUCCGGAGGAGGUUGAUGAAUCAGAGCCAUUCCCGACUCGGUUGAUGAAACCAAUCGCAGACUCUUCCCUGGAAGAGGAAUUGGAACCACCUGCCCCAAAUACAAGGAACAUGGCGCCCAGCAGCUUGUCUGCACUGCAGCGCCCUUCCCUGAAACUUGCGCAUCACCAGCCCGUGUCACAACAAGUUGCCUGCCUGCGCACCAAAGUCCUGGAGGAGAGCGAAGCCAGUUUCCUCAGAAGGCACCCUGAUCCCGGCAGAGAUGUUCCUUGGUGCUCGUCCGAAGCCAGCGAGGCUGAGGCUGAGUCUGCGCUCGGAGCCCUUCCUCCAUACUGCCGCUUUACGCUUAUGGACAAACGCUGUAGAUGGCUGGGAUCUCAGCUUUCCGCAGCUUCUCCCGACACUGGCCAUGACUCAGACAAUUCGGACCCAAGUUUCCCUAAUGCUUUGGCAGACUCCUCCAGUGGUGGCCAAGAAACGAUGACCCGGCCCCGGCCUCAGCCACCAAGGAACAGAACAGCCCCAGAUGUGCCCACGAUAGACACCGGGUAUGAUUCUCAGCCCCAAGAUGUCCUGGGCAUCAGGCAGCUGGAAAGGCCACUGCCCCUCACCUCCACAUGUUACCUGCAGGACCUCCCUGGGCCUCUGAGGUCCAGGGAGUUCCCUCAGUUUGAACUUCAGAGGUAUCCAGCUUAUGUGCAGAGGCUGCCUCUCAGCCCUUCCCCGCAAGCGCCAUGGAACUAUCAGUACCAUUGUCCGGGAGGGCCCUAUCACCAGGUGCCAUAUGGUCACGGCGGUCCUCCAGCAGCCUACCAGCAAGUCAUCCAGCCUGCUCUGCCUGGGCAAGCCCUUCCUGGAGCAAGGGUGAGAGGUCUGCAUCCUGUGCAGAAGGUCAUCCUGAAUUACCCCAGCCCCCAGGACCAAGAAGAGAGGCCUGCACAGAGAGACGGCUCUUUCCCAAGGCUCCCAAGGGACCAGCUCUACCACCCAACAUCUAAUGGAGCUCCUGACGAGUCCUUGGACCAUCCUGCAGAGCUGAGACCACAAGGUCCCUGGGCUGCCUCCCCACCAGCUGUGCCCAGACCCCCAAGCAACCCCUUAGCCCGAGGAACUCUGAAAACCAGCAAUUUGCCAGAGGAAUUACGGAAAGUCUUUAUCACUUAUUCUAUGGACACAGCCAUGGAGGUGGUGAAAUUUGUGAACUUUUUGUUGGUGAAUGGCUUCCAAACUGCAAUUGAUAUAUUUGAGGAUAGAAUCCGAGGUAUCGAUAUCAUUAAAUGGAUGGAGCGCUACCUUCGAGAUAAGACAGUGAUGAUAAUCGUAGCAAUCAGCCCCAAAUACAAACAGGAUGUGGAAGGCGCUGAGCCGCAGCUGGACGAGGAUGAGCAUGGCUUACACACGAAGUACAUUCAUCGAAUGAUGCAGAUUGAGUUCAUAAAUCAAGGAAGCAUGAAUUUCAGAUUCAUCCCUGUGCUCUUCCCAAAUGCCAAGAAGGAGCAUGUACCUACCUGGCUGCAGAACACUCAUGUGUACAGCUGGCCCAAGAAUAAGAAAAACAUCCUGCUGCGGCUGCUUCGAGAGGAAGAGUAUGUGGCCCCUCCCCUCGGCCCCCUGCCCACCCUUCAGGUGGUACCCUUGUGACACCAGCCAUCUCCAGCUCAGUGCCCCAGUGCCUGUCCGGACAACAUUCUUCUGGCUGAGGCUGGUUGCUGGCACUCAGGCCUGUUUCAGUGUCUCGUAGGGGGCAUUCAGGCCCCAGAACACCUCUUCUGCAGGGUUCUCUGCCUCCUAACACGUUGGCUGCUCUGUAUUUCCUGCCUCAAACACACACACACACACACACACACACAGACACAUGUGCGCACAAGUGGCCAUGUCCGCCUGAGUCUGAGUUGUUCAUGCUGGGCUUCCAGUACGUUAGUAAGUGGCCCCUACAGGGGAUGGCAGCAAACGCCUAUGACCACAAACAUUCUUCUCUCACUCCUCUCACAUUCUCCAACUCACUGCUGUGAGCUGGCCAGAUGCUGUGUGUCCUUAGACCACUCUGAUCUGUGCUCAAAUAAUAAAAUUCUUUGUAAGAA